AUAAUGUCUGCAAUGUUUGUCAUAUGUGUGAAAUGUCAGGCCCAGCUUGUUGUCUUUCACAGGGUGAAUGUAUCAUUCCCUAACAUUUGAUAUUGCUCUAGGAUUACAUAUGUGCAGGUGGUGCCGCUUCGGAUCUGCACGAAAAUCCAUGCAGCCGCACCACCCGCACAGAGAAAUGCGGACCCGUGGGCGGGUGCCAUUAGUUCUAAUGGCACACCGCCCGCACUGGAAAACGCAACCGUACCGUACUAGGAACCGAGGUUCCCAAGUGCAGGGACUUCUUCCCUGCGUGUCACGGGCAGGGAGUCCAUUCAAAUGAAUGGGCUCUCGUGCACGUGCAAAAUGCAGCCGCGCGCGGCCGCAUAGAUGUGAACCGGGGGUUAAGAGC